AAAACAUUUAUAGUCAGUGUCCCUUGAGAUCGUGGUGGCGGUGCUCGGCUUUUGAAAACUGACCUUCAUUAUUAAAUUGUACUGCCUCCUCGGGAUUACAGACUUUAGCAAGCCAUGGAAGAAAUUCACCUGGUGCCCGUGGUGCAGCGGCCCCUGGUCAGGGUGCCCCUCAUCUCCAGCCUCGGCUUCUCCACCGGUCUGAGGGAGGCCGUCAGGAACAUGACCAGGCCUCAGAAGGUUGUCAUCCUCAGCGUGGGGACCGGCCUGGCCCUGGUGGCACUGGUGGCGCGCUACUUGAGGCGGAGGAAGCGCCGCACACCCAGGAAGUCUGCGCUGCACAACCCUGAUGACCCGCGGGGCCACCGCAAGGUGAAGCCCAUCACCAUCCGCAGCCCCUCAGGAGAGAUCCACAGUGUCGGGGGCAACGUGUCUCCCGGCUUCCACCGCUCCGUGCACCACCGCCACAGCUCCAUCUCCAGCGACCGCACCAGCGUGGCCUCCACCCUGGGGCCGCAGGGUGGGAACGGCAACCCCCUCACACCCCAGCAGUACGGCGUCAUGGACCCUUUUCUUUCCUUCCUGUUACCAUCGAAAGGAAGCGAACGGAGGGAUGAAUGGAAGUAGGAAGAGAAAAAAAGAGAGAAUAAAUGAACAUACCGAGGAGGCAAGGAAACAAGGACGGAAAGAAGGAAAGAAAGAAGGAAAUAAGUAAUAAAGAAAAGAUGAAUGGAUGAAUUAAGAGAAAUUCAGAGGUAAGAAUAAAGAACAGGUCCCAAUAUAUGCAGUAAAUAAAAAGACGGAUAACAAAGAAAUACUACUAAUGUAUGUUUAAUAAAAUCUACCCUUUCAGAUAGAUAAUAUAAACAAAGAAAAACUCCCCUAUUAUUUGUCCAUAUCAAGGUCCCGAUCAAAAAGAUACUAUAGA